AUGGAAGCGAGUGCGAGUUUUCAAAGUCUGAACACCAAUCUGAACAGCGAGAUGAGCGAUUUGGUGCAUCAGGUGAGCGUUUCGAACGAUUCUCACAGAAAACGGUCGAAAUCGCAGGCGGAAGAGUGGGCGAUCGUGCCGACGGAAGAGCCGAGGGCCCAGUGGAUCAUGAAUCAGGUGCUCACUCGGGCCGCCGUCAUUCUGCUCGAGCAAAUGGGGAUCAAGACGGGCGAAGAGUUCGAGAAGCACUUCGGCGCGCAAAUUCGAGAGGAGAAGGAGCUGGAGGUGGCGAGGGACGAGGUCGCCCAUUCGGCCGCCGUCUCCCCAAUGUCCGUCGAGGAAUUUCAGGUGCGAAUUGAAUUCGCACGAAAACUCUUGAAAUGCCCCUUUUCAGAGUAUUCUGAAGAACGGCUGGGCGCAACUGGACGAGCCGCUGUCCGGUUCUCUGUUCCACGGACGACGUCGCACCUCGAUGCUCGCCGACCUCAUUCCGAUGUCGCCGAUCGUCUCGGAGUGCAGCCAAAUGUCGCCGGAGAAGAAGAGAUCGCCGCCGCAGAGAGUUGCCGAGAAGGCCGUGUUCGAAAAACCGCUCUUCGUCACUUCUACGCCGAAACCGAAGCGGAAAACGCACGUGGCGACUCCGAACUUUCCGAUGCGACGGACCAAUUCGAUGCCCGGCACUCCGCGUCGUCGUCGUCGCGAGACCAUUACGGUUACGGUAGGCGAAAAAAGGGCAGAAAGUCGAGAGAUUAACUGCUAUUUUCAGCCGAUAAAAGCGACGAGCUCUUCACGUCUGGACAAAUACACUCCGAUGCCGAUGGAGGGCGAAACUCCACUGGAGAACCGGGCGAGUCGGCUGAGACGGAUGAAGUUGGAGGAGACGAUGGGACGAUUGAACAACUCGUCGUUCGGAUCCUCCUCUUUUCUAUUCUAA